CAUGACCAAAAUUGACCCUGCCUUCGCUUCAAACGGCUUGAGGAGCUGCUUCGCAUUCCGCGGUAUCUGACUCUCGUAUUCCCAUUUGUUGCUCCCAGGAAUGUACAACGUUGCCCCAUUCUCAAAGUAUACGUCUGUCAGGCACCAAAUAACAUUUAAUGCCCACACCUCCUUCCAAGGGUCCGGCACAACAAGGGACAUAUCAGAAUGGAGGCCCAUGGAUUUGGAGCCGGGUCGAGCAAUGUUUGCCGUGAAGUUUGAACUAAGGAAUUCGGGGCCGAGUACCGACUGGACCAUAUCAAUGGCAGUAGGGUGCUGGAUGAGUUCCAUAAAGAUUUCGUCCAGUUGCAUCAAAUAGAAUACCCGCACGUUACUGGGGUUCGGAUCCAGAAAUUCGAGUCGAGUGGGGUCUCCUUGUUUCUCGCUGGCCUCUUUGGCUUUCCAGAGACGCUCCAGAACAUGUUUUGUUUCGUCCUUUGUCAGAACAUCCGGUAUAACACACCAGCCUUCUUCCUUGAGGUGCUCCUUUGCCGCAGUGGUGUCUCGGGCAUUGUUUGAAACGCUCUGCUGGAUCGAACCCAUCUUUACACGCGGGAUUGUUUGAGUUGGCUUGUGUCGGUGUAUUUGAGUCGGUGUAUUUGACCUUGUGUACGUUUCUGUAUGAAUUGUCUUCGUUAAACGCUGCUGGCUCUGGCAUACUAUAUACUUGAAUGGAAUAGAGGCAACUUGAUACCCCGCAAAUCUUGACAAAAAGGCCAUCACUAGGACGUAUUAUCUCUGACUAAUUCUUGUGCAUUGCUGGCACUUUCAGGGGAGUUGAGUCCUGGCUAUCACCCGAGCACAAAGCUUCCUCCAAAUAAUUGUCUGCGAAUAAAGCCCUUCAGCUACAUUCUAUGAGUAUCAGCUGGGUUGCCAUUGCCCUUCAAACCAGAUCGGCUCUCCUCUAUUUCGUGCCAUGACGGACGACACUAGCCAGACCUACCGCUGGAAAUUCAAUCAUGUCAGUAUCCGAGUCUCAGAUCUUGAUAAAUCACUCUUUUUCUACGAGGUUGUGCUGGGAAUGAAGAGGAUGACACUGCUCCCUUUCGAUGAUUUAACUAUUGUGCUUUUGGGCUAUGUCGCCGACAGCGAUGGUGAGGCAUUGCUGGCUCGGGAAGGAGUGUUGGAGUUGGUGCAUUCCAAGCAUUCCAAGCCUUAUGCGACCAAUGCGAUACGACACCCUGAGCUUGGCUUGGCAAAGCUGUGUUUCGCAGUUCCAAACCUGGAGGCAUGCAUGACCCGCAUAAAAGAGUACAACGUCCAUAUUGUGAAAGAGCCUGGUUCCAUUGAGGGCGAGGAGGAGAUCGCGAAAGCCUUGGGUGCAUCACUGAGCAACCAUGUUAUCUGCAGCCGGAAGCUUCAUGAAUCACUCCAGGCUGUCGGUUUUGUUGAGGAUCCUGAUGGUUAUCUUCUUGAGCUGGUCCAGUUUUAGAAAUUUCCGGCCAUAUAUGUUACUUUCCUGCCUGAUUUGGAAGCAGUUCGAGGCAGUCAUGGACAGGAGUCUGUGUACAGAAAUGAAAUGAUUUGAGGACCGUUUAACCCC